CCUGCUGCGCCUGCGCUUCCUUCCCGGAGCCCGCCCUUCGCCCCGUCUCUGAGCCACUACGCGUGCGCUAAACGCCCGGGGCUUCUCGUUUUGUCCCGAAAUUUCGCGAAGGUUUCCGAAGGCCCCGCUCGGCUCUUUCCGGAGAGACUCGAGAGCGAGGCGGAGGCUUCGUCUGCGGCGUUGCCGCUUCCUGUCUCCCGGCUCGUUGCCGUUGCCGGCUCCGGCCCGGCGGCUCCCGGCGCCAUGUCCCAGCUCUGCUACAACCGGGGCUGCGGCCAGCGCUUCGACCCCGGCACCAACGCGGAGGAUUCAUGCACAUAUCAUCCAGGUGUACCCGUCUUUCAUGAUGCUUUAAAGGGCUGGUCGUGUUGUAAGAGAAGAACAACAGACUUCUCUGACUUCUUAAGCAUUGCGGGCUGUACAAAGGGUCUCCAUAAUAGUGAGAAACCUCCUGAGCCUGUGAAACCUGAAGUCAAAACUACCUCUGAGCGAAAGGAACUAGCUGAAAUGAAACCUAAAUUUCAGGAGCAUAUAAUUCGGGCACCAAAGCCUGUGGAAACCAUUAAUAGGCCAAGCCCAGAUGAGCCAAUGACAAGCUUACAGCUGAAAGUAUCUGCUUCCCUGAAACAAGCGCUAGAUAAACUGAAACUAUCAUCAGAGAAUAAAGAAGGAAAAAAAGAAGAGGACAGUGAUGAGAUCAAAAUUGGGACGUCGUGUAAAAAUGGAGGCUGUUUGAAGACAUUUGAAGGACCACAGAGCACAGAAGAAAUAUGUAUAUACCAUUCUGGAGUACCUAUAUUCCACGAAGGGAUGAAGUAUUGGAGCUGUUGUAAGAGAAAAACUUCUGAUUUUAAUACAUUCUUGUCUCAAGAAGGCUGUACAACGGGAACACACGUGUGGACUAAAAAGGAUGCUGGGAAAAAAGUAGUUCCAUGUAGGCAUGAUUGGCAUCAAACUGGAGGUGAAGUGACUAUUUCAAUAUAUGCAAAAAAUUCACUUCCUGAACUUAGCCAUGUAGAAGCAAAUAGCACAAUGCUAAAUAUCCAUAUUGUAUUUGAAGGAGAUAAAGAAUUUGAUCACAAUGUGAUAUUGUGGGGAGUAAUUGAUGUGAAGAGGAGUUACGUAAACAUGACCGCUACAAAGAUUGAGCUCGCUAUGAGGAAAGCAGAGCCCAUGUUAUGGGCAAGCCUUGAACUACCAAUACCUAAAACACAGCUAAAACAAAAUGAAGAUAUUACAGAUCAAGAAUGAAAUCCUAAAGAGAUACAGACUGUUUCCUAUCAUGAAAGUGGUGACUUGCUAUUGUAAUGCAUUUUCCUUUUAAGACUUUAUUUUAUAUAAGAUCACUUUUUACAAUACAUCUUGCAUUGCAGAUCGGGACAAGCACUCCAUUAUGUAAAAACCUGAUGCUUGCCCUGAUCUGGAAUGCAAGAUUUAUUGUAAACUUAUUGAAGCUCAGUCCACACUGUGCAUUAAUGUUUCAAGCAUCAUAUUCGGACUGGAGCUACCAGAGUAAUUGAUGUUAGACUACAUAUGGUUUGCUAUAUAUCUUAUUGUAAAAAGGACACAAGAUACAAGUCUGUGGAAUGGUUAACAUGAUUCCAGUGGUCUAGAAAAAAUAAAUUUGGUAUUCAAACAUCAGUAAUAAAUCCAGAAAGAAUGUAGGUGCUACUCAGAUUCUUUCCUUUUCCCUUGUGAAAGUGACAGGAAUGGCUGCAUAUUCCACUUGUGCACUGGUGAGGUCAUUAAUUUUUGAAGGGCUCAGGUAGUUACUGGCUUUUUCAACAUCUUGUUUGGAUCUGCUAUGAGCAGUUUCAGAUUACGCUUGGUAAAAGCACAGGUGCACUAUCAACACUAGUACUAUUACCAGUAAAAGUGCAACAGCAGAAGACUUGCCAAAAUCUUCUAUUGUAACUGGAGCCAAGGAGGGGAGGAGUUCAUGAAAAUUUUCCCCCACUACCAUCUCCAUUUUGAUUUCUGAAUUUUAAAUAAUCCUAAAACAAAAGGAAAUAGAGCAAGGUAGUGGUUUGAUAGCUUAGCCUCCCAGCUCUGGAAACCUACACAUUAGAGACCAUCUCAAAACCACUAAGCCAGUUAAUGUAAGGGAUUUUGCAAGGUCUCUAACGUUUGUUAGCCACCACCCCAAAAUGCUCAGAGUUGUUAGUCUGUCUCAAAGAAGGUAAAUAUUGAAGCAGGAGAUGCUAGUGUAGAUGGUAUUUGAUGUGUUGGCUAAGCUGUGUGAGGAAGAUUGUUUCCAUGCAGUAUGCUUAAGUCUAGCUGUUUAGGGAUAGUUGUCUUUCUCUGAAUAUUAAAUUCACUAAAGGAAAAGUGGUUUUUUUUUUUUGUUUAAAACAAAACUAAAAAGUAACAAGCCUCAUAAUGAUAUACCAGUUUCAUGUGUAAACACAACUGGAUUAUCCUUAUUUAAAAACAAAAAAAAAACAAACCCCUUUUUAAAGAUGGUUAUUUAAAUGUUGUUUUUAUUUUAAAUUUUUUUGGUUAGUACUUCCAGAAGAAAACUUCACAGCAUGUUUUUGUUUUCAGUUCAAGGAUAGAGGCCUUGCUGCCAAAAACCUGAGAUAUUGUGAAAAUAUGUGACUGAUCUCUAGGCCAUAGCUGAUGCAGUAAUGCUUCUCUCCCUGCCUGCAAUUGUAUCUAUAAAAGUAAGUUUGGGGCUGCAGUUAAAAAAACAAAAAACAACUCUAUAGAAAUGCAGAUCACUAUCAUAUCGCAGUAUGUGUUGCUCAAUUUCUAUCUAAUUAAAACUUAUCAUAGAAAACUUAAAGCGCUAGUCCACUUUACAGACUCAGGCUAUACACUAGCGUUGGAAGGUGUAAUGUGCCCAGGGUCCCAGACAGGAUCGUACUUGGUGUGGCUAGCCUCUCCUGCUGCCACAGCUACACUUCAUAUGGGUAUGUCUGCUCAAGCUAGAAACUACACCGUCCAGUUCCAGGAUAGACAUACCCUCUCUCAUGCAGGGACAUAAUUAAUUCAUUGAGAAUGAUGUCACAAAUUCUUAUGAUACCUUGAUGCAUAGUCAUUUUUCCAUCCUGACAGAGCUAGAAGGGAGGCAGAAAUCAUUUUUACAGUUGGCAAGAUGGGAGUGUGUAGUGGGUUUCUGUAUAUAAUAAUGAAAAACCUCUUCAAAAGCUUGAGAAUAAAGGUAGUUUAACUGAUCUUUAGGAUUUUUCAGCUGGGCUUAAUUUUUUUUACCUGUGUAGACUUGAGUUCAGGGUUCCAUCUACAGCAAUACUUAAAGACAUAACUAAUGCUGAAAAACGGGUAGGAAAUAUAGAAUAAUGCAUAUAUAUUUACAGAGGAACUGCCUUAGUGUUUGAGGCUGGGACUUUUAAAGGGGCUGAGGAAGUGAGUUGCUCAACUCUCAUUGAUUUAAUGGGAAUGUGAUGACUGACUCGUUUAGGCCUCUUUGAAAACCCCAGCUCUAGGUGAUACACACAACUAUACAGUUAAAACAAGGCAUAGAUAAAAAGUUAACAUAAUACCGUGUAAAAUGCCUUAAAGUAGUAGUGUCCAGGUUUUCAAAAGUAUAUACAUGAAAAUAAAUCUGUACUCUUUGUAUGUGGAAACUUGUAGGAGCUCAUCAGGCAUUAUGUACACACAAGUGCAUGCUUUUCUAAGUCUAAUAUUGUGGCAUUACUUCACUGAGGGGAGUAUUCCAGAUACCUCAAGAGUAGAGGCAAGCAUACAAGCUAUGCUAGUCAUUCCUCUGCAACUCUACCGUCUUCGUUGCUUUAUGUGUUAGGAAUAGCAGUUGUUGCAAGACCUAAGUGGAACUCUGAACUUGGAUACAACAGGGACAAGCACUGUAUAACUACCAAAAUAUAAUUCUGGUUUUGGGGGGCAAGUCAAUGUGCAUAUAUCUGUAAUAGUCUUACAUAUAUUCCGUUAAUUUUCUAUAUCUUGAACUGAAUACCUGGAAUUUUUUAAAAUCUUUAUGGUUCACUGCAGUAUUAGUUGAUGCAUCAUGUAAAAUUCAUUUUAGGGAGCUUGUGUUAGCUAAUAUAAGACAGAACUGAGCCAAAUUCCCACUGAUUGGAGUGCAGAAUUUGGGUUGAAACAAUUAUCCUCUUCACCCCAACCAUGUUCAUACUAUGUUCUGGUAAUAUGCGGAAUAAGUUGGUGAUAGCGUUUUCCUCAAGCCAUUAGCUAGUAAAUAUUCCACCUCUGCUCCCCUUUUGCACUUGGCCUGAUAAUUAGACUCUGAAACGCAACUAAGAGGAAAGUCUGGAGUUAUUUCUUGUGUUCCAUGUCUUUAAUAGAAAAUUGUAGAUACUUUAGAGCUCGAUAAUGACAAAUCAAAACUUUCCCAUCAAUAUAAUAGAAAUUAUAUUUUUAAAUAUUUCUGUUUAAGGAAGUUCAAACAUAGUUUCUUUUCUUAAAAUUAUCUGAAGCUAUAGCUUUUUUUCUACUCUUCUGCAUGUUCACCCAGCUGCAUACUAUUGAGCUAUAUCCUCUUUGGUUGAGAAUUAGAAAGUUUUGAACAACCUUCCUAGUGCCCAGAAACUAUCUUUACAACACUGCAGUUAGGUUGUGUCUUGGAGAAAUAAAAAGAUUUUGAUCUGGUGGUUGACUUUUUUUAGCGGAACUCUUAGUAUGACAAUGAACUCUGUCAGCAAAUAGGAGGAAGGGAAGAUGAAUUGAGAUUAUAAUUACUACACUAAACUAUUAGCUAGCACUUCAGAAAGCUGUAUUUAGAGGGGGAAAAAAAACCACAAAGCUUGUAAGAGAUGUUGAAGAGGAUUUAUUUUCUAACAAAUAGAUUUUUUUAAUCAUUUAAAUUGUAACGAAAUUGUAAAUAUCUGCCUAAAGUAAACCAAAGUCAGCUUGGUCUGAAUGAUUCCUGGCUUCUUGGCAGUCAAGAUUGCCAUAUCUCAUAGCUUCAUUGUGCUACCUUUAACAGGUUGGUUUGCCUGCUGCAAUCUGUGGAAAUUAGUUUUAUAUUUUUAUAAUACACAGAACUCUUACAAAACUAUACCGUAUUUAUUGUAUAUUUAUGUCAGACUUGGCUAUACGGUUGCUUGUAAAUCUGUUCACCUCAAAAUUCUUAAAGUAUGAAAAUACCACUGUAGCAUAGACUUACCAUUUCUCAAGUGAGCCUUGCAUUUUUCCCUACUGUUUUUCCUGCCUAAUAUUACAUAUGAUUUCUGUAGUUUGUCAGAUUUCAGAACUAUUAUUUUCAAGAUCUGAUUAGUGUUUUGAGCACCGGACCAUUCAGUUACCAUAACUUUUUGAUUCUACAGAAUAUUAGUGUAAUUUUAUAAAAAGUACCCAUCCAUGGAUGGAGGGGGUUUGUAUGUUUUUUUAACAUUUAUAUUAUCAAAUCAUUAUUUCAGCAGUUUAGUACUGUUUUACUAGAAACUUUUUGCCUUGAAAAGACAUCCACUUAUUUUGUGUAAUGAUGUAGUUCUUUGCUUGUAUUCUUAAACCUGGCAUGAGGAUUGAUAAAUACUGUAGCUGUUAAAUUCAUUGUUUUCCAUAUUACUACCACAAAUUGCACUUAUCCCUAUUCAGAAAAAUGACCUUGUACAUUAAUGAAGUACUCUAGGUGUCUGGAACACUGUUUUAGGAUGUUAAAUAUUUUGGCAUUACGAAAAACAUGUGCAUUACUGUUUUGUCCAUAUUUUUCUUCUGCAUGGGUGUCUGAUUUGUCCUAUUCAUGUAACUUGGUUAUGUGAACUUUUUCUUCAUGCUCUAGUUUUGAAUAAAUUCUUACUACAUGCUGGUUA